CAAGUAUAAAAUGGACUUAUUUUUAUUCCAGUAAUAUAUAAAAUAAAUAGAAGUCGACGGCAGCGACUAAAAAGCUUCAGAAACACACACAAGAGAAGAAAAACUCAACCUUUGAAAAUUUCGAUAAUAAAUUACUAAAGGAAAAUUCAAAGUCUCAUUAGCGUAUGGUUCACUCCUCUCUUACCAUUCCACUCUUUUCGCCACACUUAUUUCCCAUCAAAUACACACACAUGUUUAUAUAUAGACAUACACUUCCACAUUAUUCAUUUCAUUCAUUACUUAGAAAGCUAGUGAAAUUCAAGAAAACAAAAAGAGAGGAAAACAUUCAUUACCAAAUGGCUCCGUGUCGUACGAUGGUUUUGCUUUGUCUUGUUCUGUUUCUGGCGGCGAGUAGUACCUCUACAAGAAUUGGAGUCACCACCAUGGAGAUGAAGAAUAAGAAGAGCUUAGGGUUUAAACACAGCUAUAUUUUUGGUUACUUGCCCAAAGGAGUUCCCAUUCCUCCUUCUGCUCCUUUUAAUAGACAUAACUCUCUUGUUGACUCCCUUCCUCAUUGAUUUCAUUUUGUAUGCUUCUAUGUAUUUUUUGUAUGUUUAUUUUGUAGAUUAGAGACAUACAGGAUUAAACUCUUUGUAUAUACUUUCAUACUAUUGAUUUUUUUCAGAUGUUUACUGGACUAGUCUAUGUAUUAAACUCAUGAUGGCCAUAUAAAGAUCAAGAAAUUCAA